AUGGAUGAAAUAAUGAAUUUAUAGAGGAACAAUAAGAGAUAAAAUCUAGAGUUGAACUUGUUGUGGAAACAAUUAGUGGAGAUGCAGAUAAAAUUUGUAAAAUUAUAUUUAUUCAUAUAGUAAUAAAGGAAUUAUUUGUCAAAGAGAAUUUUAGAAGAUAGAUUAACUUAUUCAGUCUUUUUAAAUAUCUUUCCAUUUUUAUAUUUGCAUGAUGUUUUGAAAUUGAGAUUGUUGAACAGUUAUAUGAAAGAAAUGAUAACCAAUUAUUUAUUAAACUAUCGAUAAUAGCAAUCAAAUACAAUUCGAUUAUUAGAGAUUGAAAUUUAAUAAGAGAAAGAGGAGCUUCCUGUAUUAUAUUAUUAGAUUUUACAAAAGUUGAUAAAGAAAUCAUCAAUUUGUGCGAAAGAAUUAAUGAAGUUAAAUGAUAGGGGUUUAAAAUAAAUGCCAACAUAUAAUCCUUUAUUAGUGAUGCAAGUUGCAGAAUGUGAAGGAAUAGAACUAUUUGAAAUAAUACCAGAGGAGUUAUUUUAAUUGAAAAGUUAUUUAAUAUUUCUUGAUUUUAGCAAAUAUACGCUUUAGAAAAGAAUGUAAUUAUUAGAAUUUUAUGAAGAGAAGUUAUAAUAAUCAGAUUAUUUGGAACAAUAAAUGAAUUAUAAUGAUAGAUCAGAACUCUUUUUUUUAAGGUUGGCUAGGAUGUGGUUGAAUUAGACCUUCUAUUAAGAUACAUAUAAAUAAUUUAGGUUAAUAAUGCUGCUCAUAAAAAAGAAAGAGAAGUUGAGAUGGCUGACUAGAUAAUUGGAGGUGCUGGAGUAAAAAUAGGAAAUUAAAAAAUAAUAACCUGAAUGA